AUGGUAUUAGGAGCAGAUAUUUCAGGACGUGGAUGCAAGACUGUCAAAAAAGGCGAUGAGUCUUACAGUGAAAGUAUCAACAUCCCUAAGAUGAAAUGGACUGAAACACCGGCUGUUAUUUCCAAAGGAAAACGUGAAUACCGGGUGAUUGGAAGAGUUGUACAUAUGGGCUAUGUACAAGAAUAUCUUGCUGCAAAAGAGAAUAUGAAGUUAGGAAACGUCCAGAGGAAACCUAAUCGUGUCCAACUUGAAGUCCUGGCCGAUACUGUGUACAUCGAGGGCGUUAUCAGGAUGCGAGGUAUUAAAAAACUCACAGUUUAUAGCCGCAAAGUUGUUUCCGGGAAGGACAGUCAGCUGGAUGUCAGAGCUCCUACUCUGAGUCCGCAAUAUGAUACUAGUUUGUCACUGGCUCCUGGCACUCCUGGGGCACCAGGACAGAACGGAGUGGCUGGACCUAAAGGUACUGGGAAACCAUCACGGACAUUUGCUCAGUGUAAGGCUAACGGUUGCAGGACAGUCUGGGGAUUGCAAGGAGAUAAAGGAAACCAUGGCAAAGAUGGUGGAAAUGCGGGAACGUCAGGGGGUCUCGGGAGUUUAGGAGGAAAAGGGUUUAAAUGUGCAAUGAGGGAGUCAUGUUCACCUAAUCUGUUCGACCCUAUGAACCCCUCCUGUCACACUUCGUGUAGAAAUGAUGGUGCCACGGCUCCAACGGAUCCUGGCACGGACGGUCAAAUAGAUGAUUCCUAUCUUCGUACAUCUCGCCUCUCUGAAAAUGCAAGAAGUAAAUACCCCUUAGCAUUGUUAAAGUUGAUGAAAAGAUAUGCCGAGGAUCGCAUUUGGGCAAAUGAUAUCGAGGAAGGCAAGAGUGUGCUGAGGUUCUUAAUAACUUUAAUGGAAGGAAGAAAGGGUAUACAAGCCAUGAGAAAAGACGCAGAACGAAGGCUAGGUUUUCUAGACAAAGAAGGAUUCGACAGAUUUGGAAAUAAUAAAUUGUUUGCCCCGCUGAUGAAAUGGGAACGCUUAAAAGAGAACGCUGAAGACAUCGAAAAGUAUGCCAAGGAAUACCAAGACGCUUUUAAUAGGAUUCAAAGAUCAAUUAAACAACAAGAAGAUAUUACGGACAUACUGAAGGACUUAGCACCUAAGGCAGCCAGAAUACAGGUCGGCAAUCAAAUAAAACGACUAAAAACGGCAAGGGCAGUCGAUGAAAGCGAAAAGAGGCUUUAUGUAGAGUCCAUCGCUCAGGUAGAAAACCGCAUGAGCAGCACUUUGGAGACGCUAAAGGCGACACUGGUUGAGUUACAAGCUCAAAAAAAUAUGGAGCAUUUCUUCGCAAUACUCCAGGGAGUAACAGGCUUCGUAGGUGCACUUAUAGAAAAAGAUCCUGGUGCUGCUCUUGGUUCCGCCUUUAAUCUUAUUGAAAACGAGGCUCUGAGGUGCAAUAGAGGUACGCUUCAACAAAACAAGGCCAAAUUAGAAAAAUGGGUGAGAUUUGGAAAGGCAUACAAGGCUCUGACAGAUCCUAGUGACUUGAAUUUUGACGAAAUGGAUAUACAGUCUGUUCCAGAAAUAAUGAAGAUGUUCAAGGAGUUAUACAAGAGUUACACGACGUUUUCCUUGGACAUUAAUCAGGCCUGUAAAGAUUGCUACAAUGUGCGCCUCUUGAAGAUGUAUGUGGAGCUAUACGGUGCAGUCCAAGAUCAGAGCGUCCCAGAUAAAGUUCAUCUAAAGCUGAGACCACUGGGAAGGUCUUACUUUAGGAUUGGCGAUGAGAUCAAAGACUUCCAUCAGCCAAUGGCCUCUUGGCGAUACUUAAACUUCGAUCGUUUCAGGAUAACUAAUGAGGACAAGUGCAGACAGGAAAAAGAACAAGGGAAGGACGGCGGUUUUUACUGUAUGACAAAAGACGACAGGCGCCUGACAGGGAUGUGCUGUCAUCCGCUCAUAGCCGCACCUUGUGAUGACGCUUUGGCGGGAGAAGAAGAAUGUCGAAGUGUAUUUGGAACAUACCGCCUUUCCAUACCAAUUGAUCCAACAUUGGACUGCAGUGCACAAAUAACUUACAAAAACUGCAAAAAUCUGAAUGUAAGUUUGCCCAACUGGCUUCAGUCGUUCGAUGGCUAGACAUAGCUAUCCCAUAGAUGGCCGAGAACGUUCUAUUUCUUUUAUAAAAUUCUCCACUAAAUGGCGUUAUCCACCCUCUGAAAGGUGGGGCCUGGUGAAAAGGGAAGGAAUAAAGGGUUUGGUACUAGUGAGAGGGGGAUGUCAAAUUUGAUCAUUUAAGGGGGAAGGGGCUAGUAACGGUGAUUAAGGCACCAAUGCAAUCGUUUUUCAUCUCCUAAGGGGGUCAGAGGACUUAAGGGGGAUCAUGGUUUUCAGGGAAUAAUGGAUGGGGACCAGCAAAGUAUAAAGAAAAGUGACACUCAACGAGUGGGGGAUUAUCAGAAUAACAGAGCCUUAGGGGGGGAGUCAGGUAAAUGAUAUUGUGGCAUCAUCAAAAUCCUCCGAACUAAUCUUGUGCCCAGAUCUUAUUGUAUGACUGAAAUGUUACCACGCUUGACAGUGGAAGGUCUUGGUAUGACCCUUCUUCUGACUCCCCGAUUUACCAUAACGACUUUAUUUCCUUAUCUUUUUUCUAUUCAUUUAU